AUGGUGAAUUCGCUUUUAAGCACCCUUUCUGUAUUACAAGUAUCAAUUUCAAAAAAUGACUACAAUCAUUCUUCCCUUAUGUCCCUUAUCGAGAAUGCUGCAACUGAAGCAAUCCCAGAAAACCCUUCAAAAGUUGCAGUAGACUUGUCAUUUCUUGAAGAAAUAGCAAACUUAGUCAGCAAGCUGUCCUCUGAAGAUUUAAUCCUCCAUGAUUACUUGGCAGUAAUUGAAAGUGGCAUCCAUAAAUUUGUUCGAUAUUGGAAAGGUGUAUCAGACUUGCAAAACGACUUGGUUUCAAUUAAAGAAAUUCUUGUCAGAAACUCAAAAACAAUCAAUUCUCAGAUGAAAAGGGUUGCAAGGAUCCUCAAAGACUAUAGAGACCGAUGCAGGGUUUCCUUUUUGGAAUAUCUAAAAUUCCUUGAUUUAGAACUUCGAAGAAUUCUAAAGCCUUUAGUUCCCACAAGUACUGUAGUAGAGCAGGUCAAAUUUCCACUCAUAAAUGAUAAUGCAAGUUUAAGAAGUUCUGUCGCUGUGUCUCAGCCAGAAUCUGCAAGGGAAUCUAUACCCCAUCAGAGCCCAAGGGAAGAUUUAGAAACUUUGAAUACCCAAAAUACAUCUGAACAUACAAUAGAGAAGCUAAAUAAUCAUGUACAUAUGCUAGUCAGUACAUUAGAAAUUAAAUUAAAUUAAAAUUCUUAACGUAUUCCAGAUUUGAUACAUCCGCGCCUUUUGACCAGCACCAACCCUGGUUGCGGGCGAAAAUUCAGCCGCUAUUGGAACAGUGGCCUUCUCUAUGAGCAGGGCUUGCGAUGUGACCUCUAACAGUGUCGACGGUAAGAAAGACGCCCUGUCAGUACGCUAUAGGGGGCGGAGGUAAAGGUUAGCCCCAUACCUACUGUCAGCUACCUUCGGAGGAGGUGACACCCAAGAAAAAAAGAACACAGUGCUGCGGAACCGGCAGGGAAAGAGCCCGUGGCCCAAAAUCAGCUGACUCCCAAGGUUUACCCAUCCCAUACGGCAGCGAUUACGCAUACUAAGGGUUAGAAUUAAAGGGCUGAACCUUGGUUAAGGCUAUAAAACCAUUUUGGCGCCCAAAGUGGUGCGACCUCUGCAAGGGCAUAUUAGUCACCACUACCAUAUUAAUUAUAGCACAUUAGAAAGGGUAGCAAAAGAUCUUAUACAAGUUGUAGCAGAGUCUGAUAGACAAUAUUAUGAGCUUUUAAAUAAAAUUGAAGUCUACUCGAGGCCGCCUACUCCAUUAGCUGCACCUUUGCCCGAAUAUUUUUGUUUCGAUACAGAGGAUUCUAAUCAGAACUUAAGGCCAGAAAAACAAAUUUUUCCGAAGAAAACCAAGGCAAAAUGAAGGGAAAGGCUAAAAUUGCUAUAUAAAAAUAAAGAAAUUGAUGAAAAUGUAUAUACAAAGCUGCUUAAAAAAAUUAAUUUAUUUGAUGAUAAUGAUGCAAAAGUAGAUUUAGAAGAACUAUUCAAAGACACUGAUCUUUCUAUGGAUGUCAGAGAAGAUGCAGCGUUUUGCUUACUCCCCCUCUAUUAGCGAACAAAAAACCUUUGUUCGGAGGGGAGUUUAAUUUUUUUUGUUCAAAUUUAAAAAAAAUCCCAAUUCUUAAAAAUAGAAAGCAAAUGUUAAAAUUAAUCAGAAAUAGCUUGAUAUUUCAUAUAUCAAAAUAUUAUUUCAUAAAAAAAUUUUAUAUCAAAAAACUUUUUGUUCGCUCAUGGUGUUUUCCCCAAAAAAAAUAGGGAUUUUUUCCAAAUCGACUUGUUCGCUCCGCAGGCGUAUUAGUAAAUACUUCCAAAAUACCUCAGCAAGAUGUAUCAAUUGCUGAUCUCAUGCUAAUAGAAGAAGAUGCAAGAAGGUCUAUUAGCAAUGAAAGGAUAUCGGAAAUAAAUAAAAUGGCAUUCAGAUUUGGAGAAAUUAGCUCUUCUAGCUUUAUCUCCUUCAUGGGAUUUUAUUUAUGGUGUUGGGCUUAGGAUAACUUCUUCACAGCAGCGGUUUAACUUUGGUCAUAAGACAAGAGGCCUAAGGUUUUUCCUCUCAGCACACCCAAUGAAGGCGACUCUCCGGUGGAGUACGAGCAGGAGCUGAGGAAAUUUGAGAGAGAGCAACACCCACCGCGAGGCUUUCUAAUCAGAUGAAGGUGAAGCUUAUUUAGGAUUCUAUCUGAAAUACGGCAUUAUGUCGGAAUAGCCGGUGUCAUCAUCACUUUGGAGUUAAAAGGGUGGGCUGCAACUUACCUCCUACUAAGAGUGACGCAUUAAACACUAAGUUAGUAUAAGAUAUAAGAAAGGAUACCAGAAAAUUUAAAACCAGAACCACCAAAAGAGCCAAAACCAAAAAAUAGACCUGCUCAUAAACUAGAAAAGCAAAUUACAGAAGUGAAACAAAAGCCAACAAAUCCAGUGUUUAGUGAACUCUCGCCGCAUAGAGCAGAGAAACCAUCGCCUGUGUCUAAAGCAAGCCAAAUUAGAAGAUCUGUGCCUGCUACUAAGCCUUAUUCGAAAUUUAUUGCUCAAAAGCAGCACGAGAGUUCGUUUAGUAGUGAUAGGAAAGAUGUGAGAGUGAGAUCCAUUACACCAGUAGAUAAGCCUAAGUUUAGGUUUGGAAGAAAAAGAAGAACGAAGACUCCUUCGGGUUCUAUCCCAUAUUCACAUUUGAAUAGCUUCAGCGCUAUACACUAA